GAGGAAACUGGACACAUGCCAGAUGUGACCAAAUGAUGCCGUUCAUCUGCUACGAUGAAAAGAAGAGAGACGGUAAAUCGAUUCAUUUGAUUGAGGAGAAGAUAACCUGGACAAAGGCUCAGAACUACUGCAGAGAUCACUACACUGACCUGGCCAGUGGACUCGAUCAGGUGGAUGGGCAAGAAUUUAAGAUCCUGAAAAAGUCUCAGGAUUUGUGGAUCGGCCUGUUCAGAGACACCUGGAGGUGGUCAGAUGGAAGUAAUUUCUCUUUCAGGCACUGGGAUAUGGAGUCAUUUAAUGACGGACAAAACAAAAAGAAAUGUGCUUCGACUCUGUUAAACAGAUCAAGAAAAUGGAGCUCUGAUGAAUGCAACAAAAAAAAGUAUUUCUUCUGUUAUGGUGAUAAAUUGAUUCUGAUCAAUGAAAACAAGACCUGGGAGGAAGCCUUGGAUUACUGCAGACUGUACCACACUGACCUGGUCUCCAUCACUAACCCUCACCAACAGAGAUGGGUGGAGAGGAGAGCCAAGAAUGCCAGCAGUCCCUACAUAUGGGUGGGACUGCGCUACACCUGCGUGAUGGAUCUGUGGUUCUGGAUCAGUGACAAACUAGUCUGCUACGAGAACUGGGCUGAUAAUGGAAAGAUUGAGGAGUGUGGUAGGUGUGCAGCUAUGGAAAGAGGAGGACGGUAUCAGUGGGUCAGUCAAAGAGAACAUGAGAAAUAUAACUUUAUUUGUUCUACAGAAUUAAAGAUGCAGUGGAGUCUCUUUCUGCUGAUUCUGAUGGGUCAGUGUUUCGUCUCCACCUGUUACCUGUAUGAGUACCACUUUAUUAGAGAAGACAAAACCUGGGAAGAAGCACAGAAAUACUGCAGAGAGAAUUAUGCAGACCUGGCCAGCGUGUUUGACAUGGCAGACAUGGCGAGACUGCAUGAAUCCAAAGAGUAUGAAGGUAAAGCCUGGAUUGGACUGUUCAGCAACCCAGGAAAAGAAAACAGGAUGUGGCAUUGGUCUCUGCCAGGGGUGAACUACACUGAACAUGAAACCAGAUGGGGAGCUUCUGAACCAGAUGAUCAAAAUCAAAAUGAGAACUGUGUGAAGACAAGAGGAAACUGGACACAUGCCAGAUGUGACCAAAUGAUGCCGUUCAUCUGCUACGAUGAAAAGAAGAGAGACGGUAAAUCGAUUCAUUUGAUUGAGGAGAAGAUAACCUGGACAAAGGCUCAGAACUACUGCAGAGAUCACUACACUGACCUGGCCAGUGGACUCGAUCAGGUGGAUGGGCAAGAAUUUAAGAUCCUGAAAAAGUCUCAGGAUUUGUGGAUCGGCCUGUUCAGAGACACCUGGAGGUGGUCAGAUGGAAGUAAUUUCUCUUUCAGGCACUGGGAUAUGGAGUCAUUUAAUGAUGGACAAAACAAAAAGAAAUGUGCUUCGACUCUGUUAAACAGAUCAAGAAAAUGGAGCUCUGAUGAAUGCAACAAAAAAAAGUAUUUCUUCUGUUAUGGUGAUAAAUUGAUUCUGAUCAAUGAAAACAAGACCUGGGAGGAAGCCUUGGAUUACUGCAGACUGUACCACACUGACCUGGUCUCCAUCACUAACCCUCACCAACAGAGAUGGGUGGAGAGGAGAGCCAAGAAUGCCAGCAGUCCCUACAUAUGGGUGGGACUGCGCUACACCUGCGUGAUGGAUCUGUGGUUCUGGAUCAGUGACAAACUAGUCUGCUACGAGAACUGGGCUGAUAAUGGAAAGAUUGAGGAGUGUGGUAGGUGUGCAGCUAUGGAAAGAGGAGGACGGUAUCAGUGGGUCAGUCAAAGAGAACAUGAGAAAUAUAACUUUAUUUGUUCUACAGAGUAAGUUUUAAACCUCUCUGACUCACUGCAGGUUAAUUACUGCAGCAGAAAUAAUUUGCUUUUAUGAUUUUUAUCAAGCACUUAAGAGAUUAAAGAUUAAAAAUAUCUAUGUCAUAAGUAUGAUUGAAAAUGAUGAUUUAAAACUUACCAUGUCAUAAACAUUUUUUUCUGGAUGUGCUCUAUUAUUCUAGAGAGAAUAUAGUGUGUUAAAAAAAAAGCUCAGUCUUAACCA